GCCAGCAGUACCAUACUGGAAAUGUAUAUGUGACGGUUUGGGGUGCAGAUCACUGAGCGAUUGGAUCAGUUUGGUUGGAAGGGAUGAAGUCAUGGUAGUAGGAAGAGAAGAAAGGAUUGUCGCAGCGGUGCAAGGGUGCUGACCGUUUCUCUGAGAGAACAGGAAGAAGCGCCAACACUGCCACUGCUAUCGGAGAAGUGUCGUCACCAGCAACCACGUAUCAAAUUGAUCACUGCUUUCCUUUGUACUUUACAAGUGCCACACAAUCCCUAUGCCAUCCAAAUCCCCUGCCCAAAUCCUGCUAGAGAAAGCGGAUAAGAAAGCUAACUCAUCCGGUGGCUGGUUCAGCUCAGCCACAGCUAAAUACGAGGAAGCUGGCGAUUUGUAUCAACAGGCUGCCAAUUCGUUCAAGCUUGAAAAGCUCUUCAAGGAAGCAGGCGAUUGUUUUGCGAGAGAAGCAGAAUGCAGAGAGAACUGCAAGGAGACCAAUGAGGCUGCUAAUGCUUGGUGGAACGCCGCCAAAGCAUACAAAAGAGGGUUUCCAAAUCUGGCAAUCCAAGCGUUGACUCACACCAUCAUCCAUCUUACCAAGAGCGGUCGAUUCAGGCAGGCAGCCGAUAGAGAGAAAGAAAUCGGUCAGAUUCAUAUACAGGAAGCUCAGGAUAUUCGCAAAGCUUGCGAGAGCUUCGAACGAGCAGGAGAUUGGUAUGCACAAGAGGAUGCUACUGCAACUGCGAAUGCAUGUUAUAAAGACGCCGCGGACCUUCACGCGGAGAUCGACGAAUUUCCCCAAGCCAUCGCUCGCUAUGAACAGGUAGCAGACCAUUCGCUUACGUCUGCGCUAACGAAAUAUAGUGUGAAGGAGUACUGGCUCAAAGCUGGCCUCUGUGCUUUAGCCAUGAAUGACCCUGUAAGUGCAAGAAGGAGUAUGCAGAAAUAUUGCACUCAAGACGCGACUUUCCCCUCCACUCGUGAAGCCAAAUUUGUCAAUGCUCUUAUCGACGCUGUCCAGGCUGGUGAUCCAGAAGCCUUUACUGGUGCAGUGGUCGAAUUUGACCAGAUUACAAAGCUGGACAACUGGAAGACUAACAUUCUUCUCAAAAUCAAGAGAGGGAUUCAGGAUGAACCUGGUCUCACGUAGGCACAUUGGAUACGGUGUGUACAUACGGACUAUUUACAGAGUCCCGAUAAUUAGUUCAGACGUGUAUGAUAGUACUAUGGAAUUAUAUAAAUAACUACGUGGCUCAUACUAGAUAAAGACUCUUGAAUACAUUUGAGGAGC